GGGGGGGCCGUGCCGGUGAGCGGGGGUGUAGGGAAGGGCGGCCCCCAGAGGGACGCGGCUACUAGAAAUGGCCUGGUGGUACUGAGGUGUGGAGGGACGACGCUCGAGGGAGCCGACCCUUGGGCUCGGCACCCCAGCCUCCAGGCCCACCGAUGGAUCCGCUGACGAAGGGGUCCUGCGGGAGUCAGAUGGCACAAACUCUUCUGUGGAAAGCCAAGUCAUCGCUCUCCUUUGGCAUCCCGCCUCUUCAGAUGUGGCCAACAAAAGACCCUGAAGUAGAGUCCCAGGUCAACCUCUCUGUCUCGGAAGACCUAGGCUGUAGACGUGGGGAUUUCAGUAGGAAACAUUAUGGAUCUGUGGAGCUGCUUAUUUCUAGUGACGCCGAUGGAGCCAUCCAAAGGGCUGGAAGAUUCAGAGUGGAAAAUGGCUCUUCAGAUGAGAACGCAACUGCCCUGCCAGGUACGUGGCGAAGAACAGACGUGCACUUAGAAAACCCAGAAUACCACACCAGAUGGUAUUUCAAGUAUUUUUUAGGACAAGUCCAUCAGAAUUAUAUUGGAAAUGAUGCAGAGAAGAGCCCUUUCUUCUUGUCCGUGACCCUUUCCGACCAAAACCAUCAGCGCGUCCCUCAAUACCGUGCAAUUCUUUGGAGGAAAACAGGUACCCAGAAAAUAUGCCUUCCGUACAGUCCCACAAAAACUCUCUCUGUGAAGUCCAUCUUAAGUGCCAUGAAUCUGGACAAAUUUGAGAAAGGCCCCAGAGAAAUUUUUCAUCCCGAGAUCCAAAAGGACUUGCUGGUUCUUGAAGAACAAGAGGGCUCUGUGAAUUUCAAGUUCGGGGUUCUAUUUGCCAAAGACGGGCAGCUCACUGAUGACGAGAUGUUCAGCAAUGAAAUCGGAAGUGACGCUUUUCAAAAAUUUUUACAUCUUCUGGGUGACAAAAUCACCCUAAAGGGCUGGACAGGCUACCGUGGCGGUCUGGACACCAAAAAUGAUACCACAGGGAUACAUUCAGUUUAUACUGUCUACCAAGGGCAUGAGAUCAUGUUUCAUGUUUCCACCAUGUUGCCAUAUUCCAAAGAGAACAAACAGCAGGUGGAGAGGAAGCGCCAUAUUGGAAAUGACAUCGUCACCAUCGUGUUCCAGGAGGGAGAGGAACCUUCUCCUGCCUUUAAGCCUUCCAUGAUCCGCUCCCACUUUACACAUAUUUUUGCCUUAGUGAGGUAUGAUCAACAAAAUGACAAUUACAGGCUGAAAAUAUUUUCAGAAGAAAGUGUACCGCUCUUUGGCCCCCCCUUGCCAUCCCCACCGGUGUUUACAGACCACCAGGAAUUCAGGGACUUUUUGCUAGUGAAAUUAAUUAAUGGUGAAAAAGCCACUUUGGAAACCCCAACAUUUGCCCAGAAACGUCGACGUACUCUGGAUAUGUUGAUUCGAUCUUUAUACCAGGAUUUGAUGCCAGAUUUACAUAAGAACAUGCUUAACAGACGAUCUUUUAGUGACGUCUUACCAGAAUCGCCCAAGUCCGCACGGAAGAAAGAGGAGGCCCGCCAGGCAGAGUUUGUUAGAAUAGGGCAGGCACUAAAACUGAAAUCCAUUGUGAGAGGGGACGCUCCGUCAAGCUUGGUGGCUUCCGGGAUCUGUAAAAAAGAGCCUUGGGAGCCCCAGUGUUUCUGCAGUAAUUUCCCUCACGAAGCCGUGUGUGCGGAUCCCUGGGGCCAGGCCUUGCUGGUUUCCACUGAUGCUGGCGUCUUGCUAGUGGAUGAUGACCUUCCGUCAGUGCCCGUGUUUGACAAGACCCUGCCAGUAAAACAGAUGCAUGUGCUGGAGACCCUGGACCUUUUGAUCCUCAGAGCUGACAAAGGGAAAGACGCCCGCCUCUUUGUCUUCAGGCUCAGCGCCGUGCACAAGGCCGUCGAGGGCAAACAGGCCGUGAAGGGCAAGUGUGACUGCAGGGACAACAAGCUGGAGAAAACAAAAGGCUGCCACUUGUACGCCAUUAACACUCACCACAGCAGAGAGCUGAGGAUCGUUGUCGCCAUCCGGAACAAACUGCUCUUGAUCACGAGGAAACACAACAAGCCGGGCGGGGUCACGAGCACCUCACUGCUGUGUCCCCUGCCCGAGUCACCUGUGGAGGAGUUCCAGUACAUCAGGGAGAUCUGUCUGUCCGACUCUCCCGCGGUGAUGACCUUAGUAGAUGGGCCAACUGAAGAGAGUGACAAUCUCAUCUGUGUGGCUUACCGGCACCAGUUCGAUGUGGUGAAUGAGAGCACGGGGGAGGCCUUUCGUCUGCACCACGUGGAGGCCAACAGGGUUAAUUUUGUGGCAGCUAUUGAUGUGUACGAAGACGGAGAAGCCGGGCUCCUCUUGUGUUACAACUACAGUUGCAUCUAUAAAAAGGUUUGCCCGUUUAAUGGGGGCUCUUUUUUGGUUCAACCCUGUGCGUCAGAUUUCCAGUUCUGCUGGAACCAGGCUCCUUAUGCAAUUGUCUGCGCCUUCCCAUACCUCCUGGCCUUCACCACCGACUCCAUGGAGAUCCGCCUGGUGGUGAACGGGAACCUCGUCCACACGGCCGUCGUGCCGCAGCUGCAGCUCGUGGCCUCCAGGGCACUCACGGGUCAGUUGGAGGCUGGCCUCAGCACAACACUGCUGUUACCACCAAAGCCGGCACGUCGUGGGUGUGCGCGAGUGUUGGCCCAAUCCGUGAAUGAACGGCCCGUUUCCCCAUCUUCGGAUAUAUACUUCACAGCAGCCGCUGCUGUGAAUGAGGUCUCGUCCGGAGGCAGCUCCAAGGGGGCCAGUGCCCACAAUUCUCCUCAGACACCCCCGGGCCGAGAGACUCCAGUGUUUCCUUCUUCCCUGGGGGAAGGUGAAACUCAGUCCAAAAAUCUGUACAAGAUCCCACUCAGAAACCUUGUGGGCAGAAGCAUCGAACGACCUCUGAAGUCGCCUUUGGUCUCCAAGGCCGUCACCCCGCCCACGUCCAUCGGCCUCGGCAUCGCUGCCAUCCCUGUCACUCACUCCCUGUCCCUGUCCCGCAUGGAGAUUAAAGAAAUAGCGAGCAGGACCCGCAGGGAGCUGCUGGGCCUCUCUGAUGAAGGUGGACCCAAGUCAGAAGGAGCGCCAAAGCCCAAAUCAAAAGCCCGGAAGCAAUUAGAAGAAAGCCAAGGAGGCCCCAAGCCAGGGACAGCGAGAUCAACUAGCAGCGACAGGAUCACAUCGGGCUCCUUGGAAAGUCCGUCUGCUCCAGAAGCCAACCCCGAGGGGCGCUACUACUCGACGGGCUCCGAACAGGACCCUGUGGUGGACAGAGAAGGCAGCCCCGUGUGGGGCAGGAGCCCCUUCCAGCUCACAGCUUCCUCAGACGAAGACAUUAUCGACCUGAAGUGAUGGGUCGGGAUUGAGUUUGCCAUCUUUAAUUUUCUUAUGGAGGUUUACACUCUUUAACCAGUUCUGACAGCGUUUCUCGACAAAAUGUGGCUUUUAGCCCACCCAUGAUCUACUGGACCAAACCUUCUGCCCACCUGGCCGGUUUGGGUCUCUCCAAUGUCCGGUGCCAUCUUUCUUGACCUUUGUUUCUUUCUGUUUGGGAACCAUCAGUCCCCUUGUAAUAAAGGUGGUAGAUUUCAUCGAGGUUUUAGAUUGAAACUUUGAAUAAAUCAAAAAUGUUCAUUCUUA